GUUGGGGUGUGCGUGUGUCUGUCUGUACGUGUGUCUGUGUGUCUGUCUGUGUGUAUGUGUGUGUGUGUGCGGGAAAGGGGGGGGGUUCCGUCCGGUUCCGGGGGCUCGGGGAUUGGCUGCGGGAGGCGGCAGCGCGCGAUUGGCCGGUUCGAAAGGUUCGGCGACGGCGGAGAUGGCGGCGGCAAUCGGGCUGGAGAGCGGCCUGGACGGGUGGAGGCUGCGGGAUGUCGGGCAAGCCUGGGUCAGCACCGUCUGGGAGCUGGAUUUCACUGACACCGAACCGCUGGAUCCCCGCACAGCAGAGGAGAUCACGGCAGAGGGGCUCGGGGCUUUCACCCGCCUCUACCAGGCGCUGUCUCCGUUCACUGAGGAGCAGGAGAAGAGGGAGAAUAUCUGGACCUUCUUUUCUGAGAACAGCUUCUCUCCCAGCACUUUGGUGGCUGUGUUGCAUCACUUUGUCCAGGCAUGCCAGCACAGGAGAGCUGAUGCAGAGCAGAGGGUUUAUGCUCUUCAUGCAGCUGGGCUGUACUUCCUACUGCUGGAAAUCCCAGGCAGUGUAGCCAACCAACUGUUCCACCAAGUGAUGUUUGAUAAAUGUCUUCACACCCUGACAAAAUGUUGGCCCCAAGAACCAGAUCUGAUGAGGAAAAGAAAGAAGUCACAGGCUCAGAGCUCCCAGACCAAUGCAAGAAGAAACAGAAAGAAGGGAAAACCAUACAGGAAUGACAAUAUGGAAGAAAUCCUGGAAGAGGAGGAAGAGGACUGUGAAAAUAUUUACUUUUCAACAGAUGAUCUUCUCCAAAUUCGCAAUGCAAUCUUCCUGCUUCUGAAGAACUUUUUAAGGCUUCUCUCCAAGUUCUCCCUCAAAGAAGAGCCUCAGUGUGUGCAGAACUGCCUGCAGGUCUUUGUUGAAAUAGCACACUUUGAGCCAGUGAUACAGGAGUUGGAGUUUUCAGCAGCAAUGAACAUUAAUCAAGCCAAGUACCUUCCUGAGCUGGCCUAUUAUGGACUGCGAUUACUGUGUUCCCCUUUACAUGGUACAGAAGAUAAGAUCCUUCGCUGUGUCUUCCAGCGAAUCCUCAGUGUCAUUCUGAUGGUGGAAAGUGGUGUGGGUUCCAGACAAGCAGCCCUUGCAAUCACACCAGCUGUGAUCAGUGCCAGGAAUCAGGCUAUAAAAUUCAUCAGUUCAGUGACAGAUGACCUGAAAGAAGUUGUUUUUCCUGUUCUCAGAAUAUUACUGCAGCACAUCUGCACUAAGGUCCCAGAUAAGGCUGAUUAUCGCACACACGCUGCACAGGCCGUGGUGAAUUUGCUGAACAAACUCCCUGCUACAGAGUUUGCUGACUUCAUUGCUUGGCUUUACAAAUACUCACGUAACACUAAAACUGCCUACAGAGUGUUUGCUCUGGAUGUAGCAUUAGCUUUGUUGGAUGUGCCAGAGAGAAACACAGGCAGCUCCUUGUCCCUGGAGCAGCAGAAGUUUCUGAAGCACAAGUUUUUAGUGCAGGUGAUGAUAUUUGGUCGCUGUUCAGACAAAGCACCCGUGGUCCGUAGCAAAGCUUUAAGCUGCUUUGCCCACUGUCUUGAAAUGAAAGCUGCCACUGCCCUGGAGAGUAUGCAGGACUUGUUACAAAGCUCCUCUGACCAUUUUGAAGCAAACAUAAACCCUGCCAGUUCAAUAGUCAGUGCAGAAGCUGUGUCCAAUCAUCCACUGAAGACUUUACCAGCUUUCAAAACUAUUGAGCUGAUGGACAACAGUGACACUGCUGUGAUUGAUGGAAAAGAAGUCAUGGCCAUGCUGAGACUGAGAGCUGGAGAUGAGAAAACCAACGUGAGGAAAUCUGCUCUCCAGGUUUUUAUGAAUAUCCUGAAGCACAGAGUGAUCCCUUGCACUGCACAAGAUUUGUCCACCUUCCAGGAUCGGUGCCGGGACCCAGCGGUGUCUGUGCGGAAGCAGGCGCUGCAGUCAGUGACAGAGCUCCUGCUGUCACAGCACGAUAAUGUCCUGGUGCAGAAGGCCUGGUUGAAUGGAGUGGUACCUGUUGUGAUGGAUGCUGAAAGUUCUGUCCAAGAAAAGGCUUUGGAUUGCCUCGAUCAGCUCUUGUUGCAACCUAUAAAGUGUUAUAAUAAAUUCAGGAGUGAAGAUGAAAAGCAGGCUCUAGCAUGGGAUCUCCUUACCCUCUUGACUUCAGAAAGCCAGGAGCUGGACCGUUACCUGAACAAAGCUUUUCAUAUCUGGUCCAGACAGAAUAAGUUCAGCUCUACUUUCAUCAAUAACAUCAUGUCUCAUGUGGAAACAGAGCAUGCUGUGCCUGCUUGGAUGUUGCUUGCUAAGGUGGCAGCUUCUUCACCCAAGCUGGAUUAUUCCAAGAUGAUUGAAUCCUGGGACAAUGUCAGCAGGCAGCAGAACAUGAGUACUGAUACUACUGGACAUGUCCUGUGUGUCAUUGGUCAUGUUGCCAAGCACCUCCCUAAAGGGACCUGUGAGAGGCUGAUUGAUAACAUCAAGUGCUGGCUGAGGGAUUCUCUGUGUCCCCUGGAGUUGAUCAGCCCAGCUGUAGAAACUCUGCAGAAGCUCUGCUGUGCAUAUGCAGGUGUGCCAGAGGAGGCACAGAAGCUGCUCAACCAGGUGUGUGGAGAUUUAGUAUCCACCUGUGAAAGCUAUAUUUCCAAUAUAGUCCUCAAAGAGGAUGGAGCAGAGCAGCUGCAAGAAGAUCUCUUGGUGAGACAUCUCUUCAUCUUGGGUGAGGCUGCCCAGCUGUGUCCAGCCAGAGUGGAGAAACGCAUCUUCCUUUUGGUUCAGUCCAUUCUGGCUUCUCCUGUCAACGAGGACCAACUGUCCAGUGCUCCAGAUGGGGAGGAAAUUCCAGCUUCUCAGCCACUGUCCCAAUUCCGAGGAUCAGCCAUGCCUCCAGUGGUCAGAGCUCAUGCAUUUAUUACUCUGGGCAAACUGUGUUUACAGCAUGAGGAUCUGGCUAAGAAGUGCAUUGCAGCUUUAGCCAGGGAGCUGGAGGUGUCCCAGGACGUGGCUGUUCGCAACAACGUUGUCAUCGUCAUGUGUGACCUCUGUGUCCGCUACACGGCCAUGGUGGACAGAUACAUUCCCAACAUCUCCCUCUGUCUGAAGGACCCAAAUCCCUUCAUCCGUAAGCAGACACUGAUCCUGCUUACCAACCUGCUGCAGGAGGAGUUUGUGAAAUGGAAGGACUGUCUCUUCUUCCGUUUCGUCAGUGUCUUGGUGGACCCAAAUCCAGAUAUUGCCAGGUUUGCAGAGUUCUGCCUGGUGCACCUCUUGCUGAAGAGGAAUCCAGUGAUGUUCUCCCAACACUUCAUUGAGUGCAUCUUCCAUUUCAAUAGCUAUGAGAAACAUGAGAAGUACAACAAAUUCCCCCAGAGCAUGAGGGCAAAGAAUCUCUUUUCUCUGAAGGGAAAAGAUAACAAAGAAAAGAGGAUGUAUAUCUACAGGUUCCUGCUAGACCACUUUACAGAUGAGCAGAGGUUCAGCAUUACAACCAAGAUCAGCCACAGCAUCCUAGCAUACUUUGUGGAUAAGAUCCUUCCACUGGACCUGGAAGCCAGCGAGCUGCUCUCGGAUACAUUUGCAGUCCUUAGCUGUAAAGAAAUCAAGCUGUCAACUAUGAGAUCAAAACCUGAUGAAGACAUCCAGCCUGAUGAGGAUGAAGUGGCAAUGGCCAAUGCUGUCAUGCAAGCAGCACAAAAAAAGCUCAUCUCUCAGGUUCAAAAGAAGAACUUUGUGGAAAAUAUCAUCCCAAUAAUCUCGUCACUGAAGUCUUUGAUGGAGCAGAAGAGGAUCCCAGCUCUUAGGGACCUCAUGAACUACUUACGGGAGAUGAUGCAAGAUUAUCGAAAUGAAAUCAAAGACUUCUUUGCUGUGGACAAGCAGCUGGCAGCCGAGCUGGAGUACGAUAUGAAGAAAUAUGAAGAGCAGCUGGCCAGGGAGAAGGAGUCAGAGCAGGAGCAGGUCUCUGCAGUGCCUGCAGAGCAGCAUCCAUCUUUGGAGACAGCUGUACCUUCUGGUGGCUGGAAUAAUAAUGCUCAGUCCCUUGUAAGUGGGAGACAGUUCUCACCACCUGGAUCAAGUCCUUCCUCUGGACCUUCUGAGUUUGCUGCACCUAAUGCUGAUGUUUUCAAGCAGCCACUGCUCAGUCGCAGGCCAGCAUCCCUGAGCACACUUGCCAUCCUGAACUCUGCUAGGAAAGUGGUGGAAGCCAGAAAAGAGCAUCGUAGCAAGAGUGUUGGAGGUUCAUCAGCUGGAUCACCUCCCUCAAGCACAGCCAGCAGCAAGCAAAUAUCCUUUCAAAGCCUGAAUCAACAGUCUGCUGGAGAAAACAUUCCUGUGGUGGGCCGGGCAGUCAGCACACCAGAACAGACCAUUAAUGACUUGACUUUUGGUGCUGGGGUCAGCUGCAUCAGCUUGAACACCCCGGGUUUAGCUCCAGAGAAGAAAGAGGCCGAGGAUGAGCCCAGAGAUAUUAUCUGCUUGACAUCACCAGAGAACCCCCCACCCCAGCCACAGGCGUGGAAAGUAGAAUCCCCAGCAAGCAAAAAAAGCAGCCAACACGUCCCUCUGAGAAGGUCCCAGAGGAGAACUCCACUGAAAUCAGAAAACUGAUCCUUUCAUUAGACUUCUGUACAGAACCACCACGUUGCCUGAAAUCUCUGCUUUUCCCCCUGUAAAUAUAAAUCAUUGUGGGCACAUGGCCUGCCUUCCUUCCUUAUCUAUUCUUCCUUGGUUUUUUACAUGAAGCUGCCUGGAACACAGGCAUACAAAGCCUGCACUAACACAUUAUUCUAAGCUGCUGCUGUUGACAAAGCUGAAAGGCUGCAGUGUAAAGGGAGGCUUGCUCUUCACUCACAGGAUGUAUAAUUUGUCCAUUUGGAAAAGCAAGAGCACUUUGUUGCCACAAGCUUAGUAAUAAAUGGCAUUUAUCCCAGCUUGCAGGGAAGUUGAGUGGCUCAGCUUAUUCACUCAAUCCCUCAUUGUCCCUCUUGGUUAUAUAUUAGAGUUGACUUAAACUGAACAAAGGUAAAACAGCUUGUCACUGCCCCACCCCUGAAUCUGCUAAUUGCACACCACAUCACCUCUUAUUUGUUGUGCAAACGCCUGUGUGUAUGAACAGCCUCAAUGUUCUUUUAUAUGGAAUAUUUCCAUUCUUCAACUCUGUGAUUUCCAACUAUUAACAUUUUAUGAAAAUAAAUGGUUACAGAACUAAUU